AUGAAAGAGACGACUGGCCUGGUUGACUUCGUUCUCCCACAGACAGGAGAGGCGUGCCAGACAUGGUACAGGAUAGUCGGCGAGCUGACGCCCGAUACCACGCCCCUCGUCAUCCUCCAUGGCGGUCCUGGCAUGGAUCACGUCUACAUGCUCCCGCACAUCGAACUCACCCGAUCGUACGGCAUUCCUGUCAUCUUCUACGACCAGAUUGGAAUCGGUAAAUCGACCCAUCUCCCCACAAAGCCGCGCGAGUUCUGGACCAUGGACCCGUUCAUGGACGAACUCGACAACCUCCUCAAGAAGCUCGGCGUCUCCGGGAGGUUUGAUCUCCUUGGCCACUCGUGGGGCGUCAUGCUCGCGGCAGACUACGCAUCGCUCCGUCAGCCUUCAGGUCUGCGAAAGCUCAUCCUCUCGAGCGGCCUUCCGUCCACAGCGCUUUGGGAAGAGGCAAUGCACAGGCAUUUGAGCGCGUGGCCACCCGAGUUCGGCGAGAUGGUGCUCAGACACGAACGGGAGGGUACGACGGACGCGGAGGAGUACAAGAAGGCGAUGGACGAGUUCUCGGCGAAGCACGUGUGUCAGGUCCAGCCAACCCCUCAGCAGCUGACGGACUCGUUCGCGGCGAUGUACGAGGAUCUCACAGUGUACAACAACAUGUUUGGCUCUGAGAUUGAAGUUUUGGGGACGAUGAAGGGCUGGUCCUGCAUUGAUCGGUUGCAUAGCAUCAAAUGCGAGACACUCAUCACCAACGGAAGGGACGACGGUGCGCAAGACUCUGUCGUAGAGCCUUUCUUCCAGAAGAUUGCUGGGGCGAAGUGGGUACGUUUCUUAGGAAGCCACAUUCCAUUCUUUGAGGACACGGAUAGUUAUUUCCUAGUGGUCGGAAGGUUUCUAACUACGUGA